ACCCACGCCCUUGCGCUGAAGUUUCGGCGCUUGAAUGUUUCUACUUCCGGUUCACUUGACGCAACCUCUGUGUACCCAUCCGGGAUUUGCUGUUCUUUCGUGUUCCCUUCUCAUAACCGAACGACCUCCUUCAAAACAUUUUCUUUGAAUGCGACAAUUACCACUGACUGAAGGGAGGCCAACGCAAUCCCAAACAUCAAAGAGUAGAGACGUGGAAAAUUAGGAGAGGAAAUCCAGGUCACGACGAACAACUGAAAAAUGAAGUGUCCCACUGAUGUCACUGUAGAAGGUCUUCACCCUGAGAAGCAUGAUCCCCUUCGCGUUAAAAAGGAGGAGUCUGACAUUCCGUGGAUCAAACAGGAGGCGGAGCCAGAGACCCCUGACAUGAAAGAAGAAAAACAGGAUGUUGAAAUCCUCAAGUUUCCAAUGGGUGUCAGUGUAAAGAGUGAAGAAGACAAUGACAUCGGAGCAGCGAAACCUUGGAACGACAGCUCAUUUCAGCACCUGACAAUAAAAGGAGAAGGACGAUCGCAACCGGACGGCCUUUUAGCUCCGCUUUCGGACAGCGACGACAUAACGUCACAUUCUUCUAACUCUAAUAGUGUUGAGGAGGAGGAUGACUUUGACCAAAAUGAUUCAAAAUCUUUAAACAAGUCAUCAUUGAAAAGAGACAUAAGGGAAUGCGCGGUUGGGAAACGUUUUUCCUGCUCAGUCUGUCAUAAAACAUUUUCUUGGAAAUGUGUUUUAAAAGAACACAUGCGUACACACACUGGGGAGAAGCCUUUUGUGUGCACGAGUUGUGGUAAAAGAUUCACCCAGAAGGGAAAUUUAAAGAGACACACAAGAACACACACUGAAGGGAAGCCAUUUGCCUGCACACAUUGUGGUAAAAGAUUCACUGACAAGACUGAUUUAGAAAGGCAUAAGCCUACACACACUGGAGAAAAGCCUUUUGCCUGCACACUUUGUGAUAAAAAAUACUCCUCGAAAGCCAAUUUAAACAUUCACACAAGAACACACACUGGAGAGAAGCCUUAUGCCUGCACACUCUGUGGUAAAAGAUGCACCCAUAAGGGAGGUUUAAACUAUCACAUAAGCACACACACUGGAGAGAAGCCUUAUGCCUGCACACAUUGUGAUAAAAAGUUCUUCGCGAAGGCAGAUUUAAACAUUCAUACAAGAACACACACUGGAGAGAAGCCUUAUGCCUGCACACUUUGCGAUAAAAGAUUCAUCGAGAAGGGACUUUUAAACAGACACACAAGAACACACACUGGAGAGAAGCCUUAUGCCUGCACACUUUGCGAUAAAAGAUUCUUCGAGAAGUUUAGUUUAGAGAAACACACAAUCAAACACACUGGAGAGAAGCCUUAUGCCUGCUUACUUUGUGAUAAAAAGUUCUUCGUGAAGGCAAAUUUAAACAUUCACACAAGAACACACACUGGAGAGAAGCCUUAUGCCUGCACACUUUGUGAUAAAAAGUUCUUCGCGAAGGGUAAUUUAAAGAAGCACACAAUCAAACACACUGGAGAAAAGCCUUAUGCCUGCACACUUUGCGAUAAAAGAUUCAUCGAGAAGGGACUUUUAAACAGACACACCAGAAACCACACUGGAGAGAGGCCUUUCGCCUGCACACUUUGUGGUAAAAGAUUCACUCGGAAUACUGAUUUAGAAAGGCAUAAGCGUACGCACACUGGAGAAAAGCCUUUUGCCUGCUCACUUUGUGGUAAAAGAUUCAUCCGUAAAGGAGAUUUAAAGAAACACAAAAGCACACACACUGGAGAGAAGCCUUUCGCCUGCACACUUUGUGAUAAAAAGUUCUUCAACAAGGCAAAUUUGAACAUUCACACAAGAACACACACUGGAGAAAAGCCUUUUGACUGCAAAUCUUGUGGUAAAAGAUUCUUCGAUAAGAGAGGUUUAAACAGACACACAUGCGGAUACACUGGAGAGAAGCCUUUCGCCUGCACACUUUGUGAUAAAAAGUUCUUCAAGAAGGCAAAUUUGAACAUUCACACAGGAACACACACUGGAGAACAACCUUUUGCAUGCUCACUUUGUGGUAAACGAUUCACUCUGAGAGAAAAUUUAGCGGUGCACGCAAGAAGCCACACUGAGUAAAAACCUUUGAAUUCUGACAAAGUAUUCUGAUUCCUGUAUUUACAGCGGGAGAAAGCAUUUCAAUUGAAUCACUUUCCCAAUGAGCCUCUUUUGAAAAAGUUGUUGAAAUGAUUUUUCAUGUGCUGUUCUUUUUUUUACCACUAUCCAACACAAAUAUUUGUUUUAAAUUGUGUAACUUGCAUUACGUUUUUCUGUUAAUUGUGCCAUAUAUUCCUAACAUCGUGCUUUUAAGGUUGUUAAGAAAAAUUGAUCCGUAAAUCGCGAUAUUACGUCACGCAAUUCUCGUAUCGAUUCAAAAUCCGGCUGCAUCAAUCUUUACUCGUGAUUUUGGUGGAAAUAAUUCAGUGGCUGCACUUUUUACUCCUGUCCAGCAGUUGGCAGCGUGAAGCAGCAUUGCCUUGCAGUCUGCUGAAGCAAUAACAACAAGAUUAGACUAAUCUAAGUAGAGGUUUUUGUACGUCGCCCUCUAUGGGUUGGCCGUCAUUACUGGGGUGUUUACACAGUUAUAGCAGCCCACCGUCAGUCGAUGUAAACAGUAAUAUUAGCUGCUGUGUGCUGAGGGCGGCACACCUCAGCAAUGGUGGGCGGGGUACUUCCGGUCAUUUUGCGUGGAUUCGUCCCUUUAUAAAUUUGAAAUUUGGGCUUAUUUUGGAUUUAACUGCAAUAACAGAGGCGUAGACUAUUUUGAGUCCUGCUUUAAGCAGGUUUGGACAAAAGUAAGGUAGAUAAAAGUAAUUAAGAGAAAAUAAGAAAAAAUUAGAAUAACUUGUAGUAACAUUUACCUCUUAAAAUCUACAAGUCUUUCUAUCCGUGGAUCCCUUUAACAGAAAGAAUGUUAAUAAUGUUAAUGCCAUCUUGUGGAUUUAUUGUUAUAAUAAACAAAUACAGAACUUAUGUACAGUAUGUUGAUUGUAUAUGUCUGUCUUUUCUCAUCUUUCCAGUCCAACAAUGAUUUACAUAAAAAUAUGGCAUAUUUUAGAGAGUAGAGAUUAAGAUUAAUUCA